CAGUGCUAAAUAGAGAAGGAGGAACAGAUCAUGAUCAGUUGACAUUUUUUCCUUCCCUGCAUGAAUAUUUUCAUUCGGAAGAAUUGUUGGAGGUGUGCAUGGAAAGAAAAAUCAUCCUUCAGGAAUUAGUGCAAGAUGAAAAGGUUACAUGCCGACAGUCUGUAGUGAUAAUAGAUGGACACGUAGCAUUGGAAGGGGUGAUUCUCUUUGGCCAGGACCAUUUCUACAUCUGCAAGCAUUUCACUCUGUCCCACCUAGAGGAGGUUUUUUGCACAAGCCAUUGCUUAUCAUGCAUCAGUGAAUCAUUCAUUUACAACUUGUGCUAUGAAACUGAGGCCGUAGCUGUUGAGCCCACGUGUUCCCGCCAUUCCUACAGUGACAUUAAAGAGAUCCAGCCAAUGCGCUUUCUUCUUCAGGAGAUAGCUCUGGAGAUCUUCUUAAACAAUGGCUAUUCCAUUUUCCUCGUAUUCCACAACAGUGACAGGACAAAAACCUUGACAAGAUUUUGUUCAGUGAAAUCAAAAGGCAUCACAGAUGAGUCUACUAAUAUAAGAAAACAACCAGGGGGAAAAAAGUCUGUGCUGUUGAAGUGGCAGCGGAGAGAGAUCAGCAAUUUUGAAUACCUUAUGUACCUGAACACUCUGGCUGGACGUACAUACAAUGAUCUCAUGCAGUAUCCAGUGUUUCCGUGGGUUCUUGCAGACUAUCAUUCCCAGACUCUAGACCUGACAAAUCCAACUACCUUUCGUGACCUCUCCAAACCAAUGGGGGCACAGACAGAGGAGAGAAAAGAGAAAUUCAUCCAACGCUUCAAAGAAGUGGAGAAGACUGAAGGUAACCUCUCAGCUCAGAGUCACUACUGUACCCACUAUUCCUCCGCAAUGAUUGUGGCUUCCUAUCUGGUUCGCCUAGAACCCUUCACAGAAAUCUUCCAAUCUUUGCAGGGAGGUGAUUUUGAUGUUGCAGACAGAAUGUUCCACAGUGUGAAGAACACCUGGGAAUCAGCAUCAAGAGACAACAUGACUGAUGUUAGGGAACUGACACCUGAAUUCUUUUAUCUCCCUGAAUUUUUAACAAACCACAACCAUAUUGACUUUGGAUGCUUGCAGGAUGGGACCUUGCUGAAUGACGUGGACUUGCCACCUUGGGCAGGAGGAAAUCCUCAUAAAUUUAUUAGGUUGCACAGACAGGCACUGGAAAGUGAUUACGUCAGCAGUCACCUCCAUCAUUGGAUAGAUCUUAUCUUUGGCUUCAAGCAGCAGGGCCCGGCUGCGAUGAAGGCUGUGAAUGUCUUUCAUCCCUACUUCUACAGUGAUCGAGUACACAUGGACAACGUUAAUGACUCUCUCAUCAAAAGCACCAUCCUGGGAUUUGUCAGCAACUUUGGACAGAUCCCAAAGCAGCUUUUUACAAAACCACAUCCAGCCAGGAAUGCUGUGAGCCUGAAGAAACAUCCAGUGGGAAGAAAUAGCAUCCUCUUUGCUUCUCCGGCAUUGUCUGUCAGUAAUCUGUAUAAUCUGAAACUCUCAUCAGUUACUCCCAAAGAGCCACCUCAAGGCCCUGUUGGUCAUAUUGUGUGUACAGAAAAGGGGAUUUUGGCUGUGGAGAAGAAAAGUAUUUUGCUUCCUCCACUAUGGAAUAAAGCCUUUCGCUGGGGAUUCAGUGACUUCACCUGCUGCCUGGCCGAUUCUGGGUCAGAUAAGAAGAUGACCAUCCUGGAAGCUCCAGCUGACUGGGGGGAUUGUCUCUGUGCUAUGUCUCCUACACCAAGCAGCCUCAUCACAUCUGGAAGCAGCACCGUUGUUUGUGUCUGGGAACUCUCCAGGACCAGAAAUGGAGCCACUACCUUGCUUUUAAAGAAGCCUCUGUAUGGACAUACGCAGCCGGUGACCUGCUUGGCUGCUUCCAUGGCCUACGGCAUCAUCGUGAGUGGUUCCGCUGACAGAUCCUGUAUCAUCUGGGACUUGAACCAGCUGACAUGCCUCACCCGGCUUCCUGCCCAUGAGACAUGCCUCUCAGCUGUUGCCAUCAAUGAUUCAACGGGUGAGGUUGCUUCAUGCGCUGGAACGACCCUGUGCCUGUGGACUGUCAACGGGCAGCCUCUAGCCAAAGGAAAUGCCACCUUAAGAGCUGGAGGAAUGAUUUCCUGCUGCUGCUUCUUGGAAGUGAAGGACUGGGAUGUGCAGAGUCUUAUUGUUACUGGGGACACAGACGGCUAUGUGCAGGUCUGGAAGCUUGAAGAAGCUUUCCCCCUGAGCCACAGAAAGAGGAUGGUGGAAGAGGAGAGCGCUUGUGAAUGCCAAGCAAAACAGGGCGGCAAAGGGGCGGAGGCGUUUGUGCUCCACAGAGAGCUGCGGCUGAGUAUGGCUCCAGCAGAGGGACCGAGCAAAGCCGCCUCGCCCAUCACAGCGCUGGCCGUUUCCAGGAAUCAUUCCAAGCUUCUGGCUGGCAAUGAAGAAGGAAAGGUCUACUGUUGGUCAAUUGAUGAAUAGAAGGAAGAAGUAUGAACUGGUCCUUAAACUGUGGAAAUGCGUAACUGCAGAAUUUACCAAUAUGUUACACUUAAUUAGAAGAGGUGGAGGUGGGGCACUGACGAACGUAAAAUCCCAGCGAACACAUAUUCCACCUCAGCCCUUAGACGAGCAAAGGUGGGGUGGAUUGAUCUUGCCUUAGUCAUGGGCACCUAAAAUGAUUAACUGAGAUGGGGCAGC